AAGUACAAAACAUAACCCUCCUUGUUUGAGGCGCAAGAAUGGAGCCUGUGGCAGUGAGAAGCGCAGGCGCUGUUGGUGUUGGAGCUGCCAUCUUCGUCUCGGUCGUGCUCGCUUACUUUAUCUGUGACCGUCGCUCCAAUUCAUCAAAGAAGAAAUCAACGAAGGGACUCGUUGAUGCCAUUGGUAACACCCCUUUGAUUCGUAUCAACAGCCUCUCCGACGCCACUGGUUGCCACAUUCUCGGCAAGUGCGAGUUUUUGAACCCCGGAGGGAGUGUCAAAGAUCGAGUUGCAGUUAAAAUUAUAGAAGAGGCUUUGGAAUCUGGCCAGCUACGUCCAGGUGGAAUAGUUACUGAAGGGAGUGCUGGGAGCACCGCCAUUAGCAUUGCAACUGUUGCUCCUGCCUAUGGAUGCAAAAGCCACGUGGUUAUACCAGAUGAUGCUGCCAUUGAGAAGUCUCAAAUACUCGAAGCCCUUGGGGCAACUGUUGAAAGAGUACGACCAGUGUCAAUUACUCACAAAGAUCAUUUUGUUAAUAUUGCAAGAAGACGGGCAUCUGAAGCAAAUGAGUUUGCAUUAAAGCAUAGAAAUUCACAGUUGAAUGGCAAGGACACAGAGCAAAUGAAUGGUUAUAAAUCUGAUGGAUACAAUCGCAGCUCACUCUUUUCUAAUGAUUGUCAAGGUGGAUUUUUUGCGGAUCAGUUUGAGAACUUAGCAAACUUCAGGGCCCAUUAUGAGGGUACAGGGCCUGAGAUUUGGGAACAGACAAAUGGAAAUUUAGAUGCAUUUGUUGCAGCAGCAGGCACUGGUGGUACUGUGGCUGGUGUUUCCAGGUUUCUUCAGGAAAAGAAUCCAAACAUCAAAUGCUUCCUCAUAGAUCCUCCUGGUUCUGGUUUGUUUAAUAAGGUAACAAGGGGUGUGAUGUACACCAAAGAGGAGGCAGAAGGACGAAGACUUAAGAAUCCAUUUGACACUAUAACAGAAGGAAUUGGAAUCAACAGGGUAACUAGGAAUUUUGAGAAGGCAAAACUUGAUGGGGCCUUUAGAGGAACAGAUAUGGAGGCCGUUGAAAUGGCUAGGUUUCUUUUGAAGAACGAUGGGCUCUUCCUUGGCAGUUCUUCUGCAAUGAACUGUGUUGGAGCAGUUAGAGUAGCACAGUCAAUUGGCCCUGGUCAUACUAUUGUAACCAUUCUCUGCGACAGUGGAAUGAGACAUUUGAGCAAGUUCUAUAAUGCCGAAUACUUGUCUCAGCUUGGUUUGACACCGAAAGCAACUGGAUUAAAGUUCUUGGGUAUCAAAUGAUUAGAGUUCCUUCAGAGUUUUUGAUGUUUAAAUGCCACGAGUCGCUACUAUUACCUGAGUGCUCAAUGCCUGCCUCGAAUACUACAUAUGACCUUUUUCGCCAUCAACUGAGAGUGGCUACCUAGAAGUUGGAACUAAGUUCAUUGCAAGAACCCGAGAGUAUUAAGUUAUCUCUGAAAGGCCUGGCGACAAAUUCACCUGGACAACUCCUGGGAAGUUCAUUCGAGAAGUCAACAAGUUCAUUCUCCGGGAUCUUCUCAUGUUAAAAAAAAAAACAUGAUAUAGUUAUAAAGUAAGUUAUAAUUAUACAAAGAUGUAUUAAUCGUAAUAAAGAAAGAGAAAAAAAAAUAUAUUAAAAUAUGUAGUUACAAAAUUAUAACUAUUGAUUCACUUUUAUAUAAUUGUGAUUUUUUCACAUGAUCAUGUCAUUUUUUUUUCACUAUGCAAGGAUGUAUUUCCGUCAUAUUGAGGGUAUU